UAUUAUUAUUAUUAUUACUUGCCAUGUAGGACAUGUUAAUACAUUUUUGGGAGUACCUGGCAGUCUCAUUCCAUAUAUUUGCUAAUGCAUUUUGGUAUCUUCAAUGCAGCAAACGUCUUGGUUGAGAUUCCAUGUUAUCUGUGGCCUGAUAUCUUGCAUCCAAAACAAAAAUGAGGAAAUCCGAGGAAGAAUCACCUGAGGAUAUAUGUAAUGAACCAGAGGAACUAUCUGAGGAGCCUUCAUACGAAUCUUUUUCCCAGCAGUCUUCUGAGAGUGAAAAUGAAGAAAUUGAACAUCCAAGUGAGGAACUUGAAGAGGAACCAGAUGACAAUCCGUCAGAGGAUUCUCUGUCUCAACCAGUUUCAGAAACUGAGACUGAUGAUAACAAAUGCCACUCAGAAUCUGUAUCAAAUAGUUCAAAGGAAAAGAAGUGGUCAUUGGAUGUAACAGCAGGUGACUCAGGUUCAUUGCAAGUUCAUCCUACACAAAAGAAGUGCAAGCAAGAGGAGUGCUUAAAACCAGAACCAGAUACUGGUUCUGCUCUUAAAGAUCUCCACAAGGAGUCUGGAAGCCCCAAAGCAUUUGUUAAUGCUGAAAAUGCUUCUGAACAACAAAGUUGUACAGGAAGUUCAGGAAAACGAAGACGUAGUAGAUGGGAUCUGCAGCCUAAAGUUGAUAGGGAAGAAGGUGAAGGUGAUAGGACAAGUAAAAGGAGGAAAACCAGGUGGGCCGAUGAAGAUUCCCAGUCAAAAUUGCUGGGACCAAUUCAGCUGCCUAAUUUCAUAAAAGACAUUGUUGCUGGAGCUGAUUCUGAUCCUGAAAUUCAGGAGUUGGAAAUGAAGCUUCUUGAGAUAAACAGGAAGCUGCAAGGAUCAGAGAUUCAUGAUAAACUUGGAAUCAAGAUGAACUCAAGGGAUGUCAGGUACCGGGAAAAACUUGUUCAGGAUCGGCAUACUAUCAUUUCAAAAUUGAUUCAGAAGAGCCCUGUUUUCAAACCUCCCUCUGAUUUCAAGCCCUCAAACCUCUGCAAGAAAGUUUACAUACCUGUGAAAGAAUAUCCUGGGCAUAAUUUGAUUGGUCUUAUAAUUGGUCCCCGUGGGAACACGCAGAAGAGAAUGGAGAAGGAAACUGGGGCUACGAUUAAAAUAAGAGGUAAAGGCUCAUCUAAAUCAAAGCGGACACGUCAGAAGAGUGAUGCCUCAUUUAGUGAUGAUUUGCAUGUGUUGGUAGAGGCAGACAAUCAGAGAUCACUUGAUGAAGCUGUCAGAAUGGUUGAAGAGCUACUAAAUCCAGUGGAUGAAAGAACAAACAGGCACAAACAUGCCCAGUUAAAGGAGCUUGCUGUGCUGAAGGGCAUGGUUAGAGAUGAGAGCUUGUGUAAAGAAUGUGGUGGGCGGGGACACAAGCAAUAUGCUUGCCCUAAUCGAAAGUCAACUUUUGAAAUUGAUUCAUGUGAUAUAUGUGGAGGCAGCAGCCAUCCAACUUCCAACUGCCCCUUGACAGCAUCAACUCCUGUUAGCAACAUUAGAAGUCAAUGUCAUAGUGUUGCUCAUAUUGGAAGUGGAAGUCUCUCUUUUGGUAACUCAACAGUCUCACGAAGCAUGCCACAGGGAUGUAGCAACUGUGGGUUGUUUACUUCACCAUCCUGUGGUCAUUUUUCUCACCCUGGUGUCAGCGCAAGUCCAAACACAGAAGGCAAAUGCAGUAAAGAAGCCAACGAUGGGAAUCUAUAUGUUGGCAAUCUUCCUCAAACUAUGGAUGACAAUCAAUUAAGAAAGCUAUUUUUUUCUUUCGGCAAGAUAACUGAUGCAAAAGUGAUCAAGGACAGAAGUACUGGAUUCAGUAAAGGCUAUGGUUUUGUUACUUAUGAGAACCCCACAGAUGCAUCAGCUGCUGUGGCACACAUGCAGGGUCAAAGGAUUGAUGGGAAACCAUUGGUGGUAAGAGUUGGGAGGCGCCCUGCAAAUGUGGGAUCCAUGGGAAUUAGCCUUCUUCCAAAAUUCACGGGACCUUCACCAGUGUCUCAAGGUAGUCGUCGUCCAACAGCUUGGCCAGGCCCACCGGGCUCAAUGCUACCCGAAUUUCAGGACACCUUUCCUUAGUGUCAUGGUGCAGGUUUCUGUACCUCGGCCAAUCACUUUCUACCCACAGAUUCCUUCAGCAAUCAAUUGGCUUCAUUUUAUGGAUUACCAGACUUGAAUUUGUCUUGUCAUUGGAUUUCUUUGCAAAAUUCCCUGGCAAGUCUGACUAUCCUGGAUCAUCUUAUUUACAUUGAGAUUAAGCAAUGAUGAAUCAGAAGCUCCAGAGAUUUCAAAGAUUCA